UCGGCUGCAGUUAAAUGCAGUGAACGUCAAAGAGCGUAACGUGGAUCGUUUUAUGUAUCUGCUGUCAGUUGCGAAGUUGGAUUUUGUUGCGAUAAUUAUAAAAAUAUCUGAAGCAUAGCAUAAAUAAUUGAAGUGAACCACACUCGAGUACAAUGUCGGCCCUGUUCAAUUUUCAGAGUCUACUGACCGUCGUUCUACUUUUGAUUUGUACGUGCGCUUACAUUAGGUCUAUUGUGCCAAGUAUAUUGGACAGGAAUAAAUCGGGAUUUCUGGGAACGUUUUGGAAAUGUGCAAGAAUUGGUGAGCGGAAAAGUCCAUAUGUGGCAUUCAGCUGCCUCUUCAUGGCAUUUAGCAUUUUGUUCUGUUCAUAAGCCGAGGCUCGAAGAUUCCUGUAUUAUUCUAAAUCCCUGAACCAUGUUAGGUAUGUAACUAUAUUUUUCACUCCGACAAACCGGUACAAUCUUCCAAACAUGUAAAUAGUGAAAUAAAUAAUCUGCACACUGGAAAA